AUGCUUAGUUUUAAAAAAUGUAGUAGCUUUAUGCUACUACUGUGUGUGCUAAUUGUCCAUGUGAAAUGCAUUCAAGAUGAAGUGAUAUCGGAAACGUCAACGGCGGCGGCGGUGGAGGAUGAAACACCACUUGAUGUCAAAGUAAAAGUCUUCACAGUGGCCACCGAGCGUACCGAUGGCUUCUUGCGUUAUAUGCGUUCAGCCAAGGUCUAUGAUAUUGAGGUCACUCCCCUGGGUUUGGAUCAAGAAUGGAAGGGUGGUGAUAUGUCCAGUGUUGGUGGUGGCUUUAAGGUUAAUCUCUUGAGAGAAGCCGUAAGACCACUUAAAGAUGAAAAGGAUACCCUUAUUAUGUUUACAGAUAGCUACGAUGUUGUCUUCACAUCCCGCCUAAAUGAAAUUGUUAAAAAAUUCAAAGACUUCAACGCCCGUGUGGUGUUCUCUGCCGAAAAAUACUGCUGGCCUGAUGUAAAGUUGGCCUCCAAAUAUCCCAGUGUGGAACCUAAGGCUUCAAGAUAUUUAAAUUCUGGUGCCUUUAUUGGUUAUGCUUCGGAAAUAUGGCAAUUGUUGCAGCCCACCAUUGAAAAUUUAGAAGAUGAUCAGCUAUACUACACAAAGUCAUAUCUCAAUGAAGAGUUGAGAGCAAAAUUGGGCAUGAAAUUGGAUGUUGAAUCGAAAAUAUUCCAAAAUCUUAAUGGCGCUAAGGAUGAUGUCAAAUUGGAUGUUAAUUUGGAAACCAAUCGUGGCACUUUGAAAAAUAUCAACUUCCUAACCACUCCCAGUGUCAUUCAUGGCAAUGGGCCGAGUAAAGUUGAACUGAAUGCCUUUGCCAAUUAUUUGGCGAACACCUUUAAUGGCCAUUGUUUGAUUUGUCAGGAGAAUCGGGUGCAGAUUGAUGACAACAAUCUACCCAUUGUCACCUUGGCCCUGAUUGGUAUCACUCCCGUGCCUUUCUUUGAUAUGUUCCUGAAUCACACAGCCCAUUUGAAUUAUCCCAAAAAUCGCAUGCAUCUCUUCAUCUACAGUGGUGUGGAAUAUUUGGAUUCCAUGGCCAAGUCCCAUGUCAAGAAAUACGAGGAGGAAUAUUUGUCGGCAAAAAUUGUGCUAUCCACCGAUCAAUUUGAUGAGCGUCGGGCUAGGCAAUUGGCUGUCCAACAAGCCAAACAAAAGAAAAGCGAUUAUAUUUUCUUUGUUGAUGCCGAUACCCAUAUCGAUGAUAAAGAAGUCUUGAGAGAAUUGCUGACCUAUAAUAGACAAUUCAUUGCCCCCGUUGUCACCAAAUACAAUGAGCUGUGGAGUAAUUUCUGGGGUGCCCUAUCCGAAGGUGGCUAUUAUGCCCGAUCACCCGAUUAUGUGGAUAUUGUCAAGGGUGAUAUUAUUGGCAUGUGGAAUGUGCCUUAUGUGUCCAGCAUUUAUUUGAUCAAAAACACUGCCUUUGAACAUCUCAACUAUGAUCAUCAAUAUUAUGACCCCGAUAUGGCCAUGUGUGAAUCACUUAGAAAUGCGGGCGUCCAUAUGUUCAUUAUCAACGAUCGUUUCUAUGGUCAUUUGGUUAAUGCGGAUAAUUUCGAUAUCACUGUAACACGGCCCGAUUUCUACACCUUAUUUACGAAUAAAUUCGAUUGGACUCGCAAAUAUAUUCAUCCCGAAUAUCAAGAACAAUUGGAAGACAACUAUGUAUACAAUCAACCCUGCACUGAUGUAUUUUGGUUUAAAAUUGCCACCGAUGCUUUUUGUGAUGAUAUGGUUGCCAUUAUGGAAGGUUUUGGUAAAUGGUCCGAUGGCAGUAAUAAAGAUGAACGUUUAGAGGGUGGCUAUGAGGCUGUACCUACCCGGGAUAUUCACAUGAAACAAGUUGGUUUGGAUGCUCUAUGGUUGCAAUUUUUGAAUCUCUUUGUACGGCCACUACAGGAGAAGGUCUUUUUGGGUUAUUAUCAUAAUCCUCCUCGCUCCCUGAUGAACUUUGUGGUGCGCUAUCGUCCCGAUGAACAACCCUCCUUGAGACCACAUCAUGACUCCUCCACCUAUACCAUUAAUAUUGCCUUGAAUCGGGCCGGCAUUGACUACGAGGGUGGUGGUUGUCGUUUCCUGCGCUACAAUUGUUCCGUUACGGCCACCAAAAAAGGUUGGAUGCUUAUGCAUCCCGGUCGUUUGACCCAUUAUCAUGAAGGCUUACGUGUAACCAAUGGUACACGUUAUAUUAUGAUUUCCUUUAUUGAUCCAUAAAUAAAGGC